CAAUUUUCCGACAAAUUACGAGUCUGGUUGAAUGUUUUUCCUUUCAAAUGAGAAUUUCGUCGAUAAAUUCCUCGUUUUUAACUCUUGAUUAAGGAUCAUCUGGCAAAAAUGGAUCACUCGCAAUGGGCCAUGAGCAUGAAUCCGGCUUUUUAUGCCAACACCCCGAAUGCCAAUGUCGAUUGGGCUCAACUUGCCGCCCAAUGGAUUCACAUGCGAGAAACUCUCCCCUCGGAUCAACUAAAUUCCUUCCCUGAAGCUCCGCCGCCGCCCUCGAUCUCGUUAUUGGGUCACCAACCUUCGAACGCGUACAACAAACAUCAUGACGAAGUCAAGGGCGAAGCACCGAUGGAAGUUGAAAAGGACGAAGAUGACGUAAUUCCGUCGUUUGACACUUCGGUGCCGCUCAUUGCACCGCAACCGCCCAUCAUUCAACAAUGGAAUGUCGCACCGCCCUCAAAUAUUUCGAAUCCGGCAUGGCGAAACCCAGCGUGGCAAGUUUAUCCGCCGCCCGUGAACGAAAAUUUGCAGCAACCGCCGCCAGCAUUGACGAAACCGCCUCCUUUGUGUCCCGAAUUGCAAGGAUACACGACGAAAAAUCGCUUCCAACGCUCGCCUCCGAAGAAUUUUUCCGUUCCCGUGCAAGAAAAUGUCGAUGAAGGCGGCGCAAUGGGAGGAAUGGAAACCUUAGAUGCGGCAAAACGCAAAACUCUUCCGGCUUGGAUCAGAGAAGGCUUGGAAAAAAUGGAAAGAGAGAAGCAACGCGAAGAAGAAAGGAUUAAAAUGGAGGAGGAACGCAAGAAAAAGGAAGAAGAAAAGAGAAAACUCGAAGCUGAAAUGUUGCAAGAGCUCGAAAGUACAAAAGUUUUGCGGAGUAAAUUUGACAUGGAUAAUUCCGAUGAAGAGGAUGAAAAUGAAGAGGAUCAAGCAGAAAGUGUUCCUGUGACACCCCAAAAAUACGUGCCUCCAACCCGAACGCCAUCCCCGGAGGAAAAACCGAAGACAGGAGGGCCUGUUGUUAUUAAAUCUCGCGAGCAGCAAAUGCAAGAAUUGAUGAUGUCUGUCAGGAAGAAUCUCACCGAAAUCCUGCUCGAAGUCACAAAUGAAGAGAUUAAAAGUAUCGCACGUGAGACCCAUUCAAAAAUGAAAUCGAAAGUUAAUAGAGCACAAACUUUGCGAAAGACCGCUUUAACAUCCAUUACUGGAGGACUCGGUCUAGGGAUCUACGGAAGUGAGAGCGAAUCUUCGGAUGACGAGGACAAAAGUGACAAGGAAGACACGAGCGGAGUGGAUUCUGAAGCGGAAAUUAGAGAAUCGAUGAAAAUUAAAAAGGCACAAUUUGAGAGAGUUGUUGAGGAAAUCGAAGAGUACCUCGAGAGGGAAGAGCUUGCUGAAUUAACGCGAAAACGUGAAUGGGAGCGAAAAUAUGGCGCAGAUCAUAGUCAAAGUCGCCCGAAUAGCGACGAUUCCGACGAUUCGAGUCAAGAAUCUGCGGAAAAAGUCGACGUUCCACAGAAUAAUAAGUAUAAAAGCAAUGAGAGUGGUAGUGUUAAGAGAAAUCAUGACAUGGGUGAGCCACAUCAUUCAAGUGAUUAUAAUUCUCGAUCUGGUGCUCGCCACAAAGCACGCGUCUCUCGCUUUAGUGACCCCCGUGACAAGGUAAAUGCCGCCGAAUUGGCUGCCCAAGCAGCGCGCCUGCAAAAAACCGAGACAACGUCGAAAAAACACGCGGCACGAGACGACGCCGGCAGCUCGAAUGUGCGUCUCGACUUGAAUCAGUUCCUGAGACGCGAAGUCUCCAAAGACAUGGUCGAGCUGAUGAAGCAGGCGAAGCGAGUGCGAUCGCGUUCCCGGUCCCGCAGCACCUCGUCAACUAACCCAAAGAAGUCACGAAGUAAAUCCAGCAGGAAAUCAUCGAAGAAAUCGUCGUCGCGACGUCGCUCAUCGUCGUCGUCGUCUUCCAGCAGCGACAGUAGCUCAAGUAGUUCUUCCAGCUCGCAUCGCAAACACAAAAAAAGUAAGAAAUCCGCGUCGCGCGGCGGAAAAAAAGACAAGAAACGUCGAAGUCGCAGCAGAAGUCGAUCGAGAAGCUCGCAUCGGAGCAGCGGAAAGAGUUAUUCGCGUGAUCGGUAUCGCGAUCGACGAUAAGGUGGUAUGAUAUUUAAUUUCUAUUUUUUAGAAAACAGAAAAAAAAAAAUCCAAAAUUUUAUGAGAUUCCAAUUUUUUUCCUUUAUUUAUUGUCAUUUUUUAUCAUUUCAAACCGAAUUUUGCAAAAAAAAUAAAUAAA